UGGAGAGAGGGAAAGCGCCAGAGAUAUUUAAUUAGUUUUGUAAGUAGGCAAAGUUUUGCUGUCUGAUUUGAACUUCUCUCCCUUUGAAUAUUCUCAAGCAAACAAAAAAAUAUAAGUACCUGCGCAGCAAUCGAGAUAAAAGCUGGACAACUGAUAUGGUAAAAUUCUUAAUUGCGUGCACAUGCAUUAAUCUAAUUUAAAGAAGAAAGGGCAACGAAGAUUUUGGAAGCAAGGUGCCCGCAAGUUUGACUGCCAGGCUCUGCCUCAGGGCACCUCCACCCUCCCUCCCUGGGCUGAGUGCUGCAGCCCCAUGCACACAGACCCCCCUCCCUCUGUCGGGUGACGCGGGUGGAAGGACGCAGGGAUGAGCAGCGAGGGGGCAGCGAAGGAGCCCUCGCCACCGGGCGACACAGAGCCCCCCGCAGAAGCCCCGAGAAGGGGGAGGGGGCGGCCUCGAAAGCCACAGCAGGAGCCUACUGGCCCCCCGACUCCAAAGAGACCCAGGGGCCGGCCCCGUGGAAGCAAGAAUAAGGGCCCUCGCGCAGUAACCAAGAAAGCAGAGCCGGUUGGGGAGAAGAGGCCCCGGGGUAGACCAAGAAAGUGGCCCCAGAAAGUGGUUGAAGAAGAAGGAGGGCAGCAGGGGGAAGAGGAGGGGGCCAUGGAGGGCCCCUCUCAGGCUCCGGCCCCUGAAGAAGGCGAGUAGGCUCCACGGCCCACACCUACCUCACUGGCUGGGUGACGGAAGCCCAAGCGCUCAGCGAGCCACGAAGUUUGCAAAACAGGAAAAUAAUAGUUUCUCUCUCUUUUAUUGCUUAUUUUUACAUGCAAAACAAACGAUAAUGUCAAAAAAAGCUGCCACUGCCAAGGUAGGCCUCUGCCUGCAACCGUUCUGGGCCAGUCAGCCACUGUCCCCCCCCCCCUUCUUAGUCCCAUUAUCUUUUACUGUUUAAAACUGUGUUUCUCAUUCGUUUCUGUUUAUACUGUAGGAGCAAAAGUAUUUUUGUAUAAUCAAAAAACAAUCAAAUGUACUGUUUACUUACUAUUUUUGCAGGGCAGCUGCCGCACUGAAUCAUUGAAAUGAGAAUCUUGCUUUGUCUCGACCCUGUUCUGCCCGUAUUACCCUUCAGCAGGGGCAGGGUUGACGUUUCAGGGGCCCAACACGUUGGCACUUCUGUAUCUGUUUCUAUGAAUGACCUGUGUGGUCUUAAGUCUCUUACUCGCCACUAGCUGAUGCCAUCCCAGCUCUGGCAGAAAGAACAGUGCUUUGGCAUCCAGCCCAAAAUGCCAGCAAUUAUCCACAAACAUUGAGUCCACUUUCACUAAGAUAACUGGGGCAAUUGGAACAGGAUCUUCGUUCAUGUGUUGUGUGUGCAUGGAUGUAUGCUGGUGUGCUUGAGUGUGUGUGCACAUGUGAGGAGACAGGGGUCGUGUCUAUAUCAGCACACUUACCACUUGCGUACUAUUGUGUAUUGAAGUUGUAUACAACUUGUAUGAAACUUGUAUGCACAAUAGUGGGCAAGUGCACUGAUUCGAACAUGGCCAGGGUGUGUCUGGUAUGCUGUUCCUAGAGCCAUGUCCCUCUUUGAUGACAUCACAUUGCCGUGUGCUCCAUGUUGCUACAGCAGAGAGGGUGGGCUGUUGGGGGAGGAGCUUCACUCAUCAGGAGCUUGGCAUAGGUGUUCUCUGUCCUCACCGACAUCAUCUCAUACCACAUGACUUAAACAGGGGUCAUGACCCCGUUGACCUCAGUCACAGGGAACCUGCACUUGAAAUGAUAUUCCCCUCUGUUGGGAAUUGGAAAAUGAAUAUGUUUUAUCACCAAAUUCAGGCAGAUAACAUAAUCAGUGCGAGCAUUCUUCUGUUUGAGCAUAUGUUUACCAGUUCACUUUCUACAUGACCUCUCACCUCAUUCAGGUACUCGUCUAUACUCAUUCACACUUCAGGUAUUUCUGCAAAGAUAUUUUGCUUGACUGUAAUAAUAAUUCAGGAUCAUAUCUCAUUGUAUUCAGUCACAGUAUAGUUGUGAUAUAUGUAUGUUAUUUUCAUAUAUUGUUUGCAAGUCUUGAUACGACAGAUCACAUUCAAACCUCAACAUAGGGGUACCAUGAGGGCUUUGCCCCCCUGACCUCCCAGUCUACCUCAGCCGCAGUGAGGAUCAGAGAGGACCGCACUGAUGCAACCCCAAACACACACAGACAGUUCAUAAUCAGCAAAGACAGAUCAUAAUCAGAAUAGACAGUUCAUAAUCAGAAUAGACGGUUCAUAAUCAGAAUAGGACAGAAAAGUACCUCCCAUCCCGGAGAAGACCCAGAAAGCAGUCACAUAGUGCUCCAUUCAGAAUCAUGUUCCAUGUAUACCUGUAUAAAUGCAGCAUUCAGUGUAGUAGAGGCAUUCUGCUUUUCAAAAAAAAUCUUUUUUUAAUAUAAAUAAUAACAUUGUCAUGCUCUUAAUAAUCAAGACAGUGAUGCUCUGGAUAUUUAAUAUGUGCUGUUAACAUGAAAGUUUGCCAGUGAAAAAUAUAUUAUAUUAUAUAAUGUUUCAGCAAUUUGGAUGCCAUUGUAUCUAUCACCUUCUGGAAGACAGGAGUCAAACUAGCCUUAUUUAGCCCAGUUAGACAGAAUAAGUUGCUGCUGUGGCUGGAUAGGUGACAUGGGUGACACUGACUAAGUCUUUCCUGUACUCUGAAGGGGAUAGAGCUGAAAUAUGACACAGUUUGGUGAAAGGAUGAAUGCAGAUAGGGAAAGAUCCGUUAUCAAGGACGUGUGCUGGUGUUUAUGCUCUUUUAUCUGUAGAAAGUCGUGAAAGGAUAUGUGCAGAUUUCCCCCCCCUCCUUUCUCAGUCCAGCCUGCAUAGUAAAACAACUGGAAAAACAAGGUCCAAAUCAGCAUCUUCUCAGACUCAUCAUACACUUUGUGUAUUUUAUGAAAUCAUAUGAAAAGAGUAUGAAAUCAUUUGAGCCACUGCAACACAGUGAUGCUGAAAUGUGUCAGUGCAUGUCUCAGCUCUUUUGGUCUCAUUUAGACCUGUCCCAAGUCUGUUUUUUUUCUGUUUGUUCCUCUUGGUUUGACUUCUCGCUCUCUCCUCCGCAAUUGUCUUCUGUAGGGCUAUUUUAAAGACGUGCUUGUUUUUUUGAACAGUUAGGCUGGUGAAACAUGAAAGUCUGGCUGGGAAACAUUGGGUUCCCAGCCAGACUUAGGGUGCAUGGUUGGUGACAACCAGGGUGAUUUGGGGGGAGAUGAGCACCAUGCUAACCCUGCUCCCUGUUUAGAGUGAUGUGUUGUUGUUGUAUAAGAAGGUUUGGUCUGUGUGGUUCUGGAGCCCCAUGUUUAUUGGGAGGUUUUCAGAAGUGAAGAAUGUGGGUUUUAGUUGUAUAUGUAAGGGAGGAGUGGCACUUGUAGAAGGGUCUUUCAGCAUAGAUAGGGUUGUGUGUUUUCUGGCCUGUCCACCUGUAAUAUCUGUAUUCAUUUUUCAACUAGCUUCCCAGUUCUUGUCAGCCUCAGGUUUGUGGGAGCAUCUGGUCCACGCCUUCUCGGUACCUGUACCUUGCCUUUUCUAAAACAUCUAAUCUUCUUCCACUCCCCAAAUCCACUUCCUAUAGCUUACCUGCAAAUAUGAAUUUUAUGUUUAUGUAUGUGAUAGGUAAUUCUGAUUGUUACAAAUGGGAUUUGAAAUGCAGAGCAAAACCUCUGAUGUUUUAAAGAGAUUAAGUCAGGAUGUCAACGUAAAACAAAACGGCAUGAAUCUAGUUUUAUAACAUAAAGAGGCUUCUCUGCUACCUGUGAGAGUUUUGGGUGGUGUGUGGAGCUCAGUUAUGAGACCAUUUAUGGUAUAAAGCCUUGCAUGUAAUAGUCAUUGAUAUGAUGGCAGUUUAACCUUUAGAGGAAUAGUAUAGAGAAUACUCUGUAUUUUUCAGAAGGCUGUUUUUUAUUUUCCCUCUGGCUUAUCAUGCUAAUUUGGAUGGCACAAGACUUCCUUCAGGUGUUCGUUGGAAAUCCUAUUCGAACUGAACCAGUACUUGUGUAUUCCAGGAGUGUGCAGAAAAGAUACCAUAUUACUUAUCUUCUCUUUCACUCUUUAUAUUUUUUUGUCAUGGAGCUGUCUCUUUUGACUGGCAUACAUUUUCGGGUGCCAGUGUAACUCUCUUUCACGGUUCAUACUGUAGUGGCGAAGGUCAGUGGGUACCACUGAUACCAUUGACUACUAUAACUCAUUCAGACAUACUUGAGGAUCACUACGCACCUCAGGGACUAACAUAGCGCUUGACAGGCGUGGUCAGUUUUGGUACACACUUUCGGUUUCUGUAGUAAAGACAGCUGUAGCUGUGCAUUGCGCACCCUCAUGGGUACAGCAUGUAGGGCUGCAGUCUGCUGCUCGUGAAGGGGUUAUUCAGUGUCUCUGUGUCCUUCUGUUCUGUGAGGAUUCAUUAUCCAGCAUUUUACCACCAGGACACUGUGCCCAGCAGGUUCCCCUGUAAAAAUCGUGAUUGAAGCUGUUUAUUUUAAUCAGCUCUACAGUUUUGUUGUUUCACAUUUGGGGGGUGAGAACAAUUCACACUUAACUAGCACUCAAUACAGCUUUACUCCAUAUCUGCCACCAUCUGGAUUUUCUUUCUCUCUCUCUCUGUUUGUGUAUGUGUGUGUGUGUGUGUGUGUGUGUGUGCACGUGUGCAUGUUCAAGGUUUAUCAAGAAAUUGUGUGCUUUUUCAAAUGUCCAUCUUCAGGUAAUGGUUUUAAAAGGCCCUUGGUUAGUUUUUUUUAUUUUUUAUUACUGUUGUUUUAAUGGGGUUUUAUUUGCCUUAGUUUUAAUCUCUGUUUCACUGCAGAAAUGUUUAAUUCGUUUAAAUUACUCUUUUUAUUGCUUUGAUUUAAUGUUUUCAGCCAACUUCUUUUCAUGGUGGGCAUACAGUGGCCUCUGUUGGACAUUUGCUAUAAGUACAGGGUUUUAACUCAAAUCUCUCAGGAGCAUAUUAUCACAUCUCUCUAAUGAUGUCAAUUGUUUUUACAUUACAUUACAGUUUUGUUUUGUUCCUGUUUUGGUGCGUUUCCUUUGGUUAAGGGAGAAAAACUCAUUCACAAUAAUGCCCUUAAGUGUGUUUUUACGUUUUAUUGAAAAACUCGGUGCUAAUCUAUCAUAUAACUUGAAAAAGCUUUGCUUGUGUUUCAAUGUCCUCAAAGUUUGACAUGAGAUGAGGUCAGUAAAAUCAUGCUGGAUUUCAGGACCUUAAUUCAUGAUUUAAACAUGUGAUAAUUCAAUGACUAUAGAUUGGCAGGGCUACUGAACUGUGCUUCUAGACUUUGAAAGCAAGUACUGUAUUUUUCAGUCAUGGGAAAAACGACUGCACAGCUUUCCAAUCAAAUCAGUGAUUGCUAUAUUAAGAUACACUUUCUCAAAUAGUCAAAGAGAAACCUUGAAUUAAGACUUGAUUUACUUGCCUAAGGUUGAACAGUACUUAUUCUCAGCAUAUAUUAUGGGUUGCAUCACAUCUGUCUUAGGAAAGUAGUUUUCUUUUUUCCCUGUUGGAAGUGGAGUGGACUCUUACUACUGUUUAAAUGUCAGCACCAUGAGAGUUCCGGCAUGCCUGCCAUUAAUUAUUCAUUCUAUUUUUAACAUGUAAUUCUUAUAGUUUGGGCAUCUUCAGGUUAAUGCAUAUGUACCAUUUGUGGCAUUGAUAUAAGCGCUGUGUAUGAGGCUGGGCAGGCCUGAACGUGAGAGAAAGAGAGAAGAGAGAGACUCCAUUGUAGGUCCUCUGGCAUUGCAGCCAAUAUGCAGUUAUUGUAAUAAGUGUAGAUAUGAAACCUUUAAUUACUGUGCCCUUGUGUGCCCUCUGUUUAGCUGUGUGAAUUCAUCACUCAUGCUUCCUGAUUAUUUUCCACAAAUUGCUCCACAAUGUUCCCUCUGAAAAUACAGGCAGUGCUAUCAUGCAAAGGCACCUGUAAUUACUGUCUAAAGACCAGCCAGUGCUUCACCAUUAUUUAAUAUGGUUUUAUUUGAGCUUUGAAUCAAUGAUCAAUUUAUGGGAAAAAUAACCAGACAUUGAAAAUGUGAGCGCAGAGAAACCAUUUGGCAUUAGGAGAAAGUAUGACCCGCCCAUUUACAACAUGCCUUCUCACAUACUCUCCCAUCAUGCAAUGUCCCAGGAAAUAUUUGGCCUGGAUUUUUAAAGGUGCCUUUGCCACUGCUCUCAGAAAGGUCAGUUACAGUGCAGUGUAGGGCAGAGUCCCAACUCUCCAUCACCAAACCAUACUGACCGCUGUAGAUCCUGUGGACUACCUCUAAAACAGGGGUGCACUGCACCCCCUCUGCCCCCACUGGUGUCCUCCACCUUGCUCUUCUCCAGUGUACCAUCCCACAAACGUAAUCUGCCUUUGUGACGUCUGUGUGCCAGCCAGCUAUUCAUGCGUGCAGCAAGGAGCAUGGGCAAAGGUGCUCUAUCUCUCAUUCCAUACUCACAGGGGAACCUACAAAGCAGUAGGGUGAGGCCUUGUGCUUAAAUGUUACAGAAUUCAUAUGAUUGUACAUAACACACGGUCAUUUUCAGAUUAUAGGCCUCAAUGCACUGACCAAGACUCAGACAGCCGUGAUUACUCAUCAGUCAGGCUCUCUCUCCAUGUGAGGUGCUGUGCAGCUAACUGAAGUCACCAGCCAACAUUGGCAUCCUGGAAGGAAGGUCGUGUAUAGGCAUGGAAUAGCUGCCUGGCAACAUUAAACCAAAUUCAAGAGCAUUGCAAGUGAAUUUAAAUGAUGACUUUAGACUUUAGACCUAAUCAGUAUGGCCAAGCUUGGUCUGCAUCCACUUGUUGGCUCUUAAUAAAUGUACAUCAGUCAAGCUAUUUUUUAUGUGUCUGGCAUCAGUGUAGAAUCUGCCCAACCAGUGGAUGGGUGUUGUGUUGUCCUCCUGCCUGUGGGGGGCAGUACAGCAAACAUCCCCUCAGAAGGACAAGCGCUAGGAGGGCGGAGCAGUGCACCUCUGCAGAUCGAAGCCACGACCGCAUACUUCUUCUCUUAAUACCUCAGCAAUGUCAGGAUACUCAUGUAUUUAUACUGCCAGUGGUGGCCUGUGAGUCAGCGGGAGCAGCACAAGAAUUGAGAUAUAUAUUUUGGGAGAUGAUUUUAUGUGCGUGUUCCAGGCUGGCUGCAAUGCCGUGUUUUUAUAAUGAAGAUUUUUUUUUAUAAGAAAUAUUGUUAUUUGUUUUUAUGACUUAUGUUACAAUUCAUGAAUUUUAAGCCUUUUUAGUAUGACAGCUCUAUAUGGAAAAAUAUAUUACUUUCUCUGGUUUUGUUCCUUAGUGUAUCUUACUUGAACUCAUGGCAUUUAACCCUUUUUAUUUGAUUUGUUCUAUUUCGUCUCUUUAACACUUAAAAGAAAAUGUCUUGUUUUUCCUGUAUGAGUGGCUACUUUUCUUCUUUUCUGUCCACAAUAAAAAUAUUACUUAUUGCAA